CCCACCACUUGUGACAUAUUCCCUCUAGCAAACACUAACAAAGAAAAUUAUUAUCUCUCUCUCUCUCAUGGAUCAUCCAAAGAAGUCUAACAAGAUCAGCGACAUUGUUCGGCUUCAGCAGAUCCUUAAGAAGUGGAGAAAGGCAGCAAAUGCACCCAAAAACAUCAGCAGCAGCAGCAACAACAACACCAGCAGCAGCAGCAGCAAUGCCAGCAAGAGCAUCAAGUUCUUAAAGAGAACACUCUCCUUCACAGAUUUGUCAUCGUCAGCAGCAGCGUCCUCAAAUGAUGCUGUUCCCAAAGGGUACCUUGCUGUUUGUGUUGGCAAGGAGUUGAAGAGGUAUAUCAUCCCUACAGAGUACUUGGGUCACCAAGCCUUUGGAAUUCUAUUGCGAGAGGCAGAAGAGGAGUUUGGGUUUCAACAAGAGGGAGUGUUAAAGAUACCAUGUGAAGUUCCUGUGUUUGAGAAGAUCUUGAAGGUAGUUGAAGAGAAGAAAGAUGUUUACUUGUUGCAUGAGUUAGGGCCUGUUAAUGCAGAGUCGACGGCCAAGGAGAUGAUUGGUUGUUACUCACAAUCACCAGAUUGUGAGCUAACACCUUCUCAUCAUCCACAAAUGUGUAGAUGAUCAACAACAUUUACACAGGAUCACCGAAGACCCGUCCUUUUUCUCUUCUUAGAGGCUACUUGCUUUAAUUUGCUUUCUUUUUGAGAGAGGAGAUUCCAGCUACAAGGAAUACAGUUAGAGAGGAGUAUCAAUUUCUAAUUAGGAUCAAAUAAUUAAGCUGGUAGAUUUAUAUUAUAUAUGUUGAUCAAAAUUAAGAUAAAAUAUAUAUAUAUAUAGCUGUUAAUUACUGGCUAUAUAUAUAUAUAUAUAUAUUCGGAUAGCAGUAUAAAUGUGAUGAUAAUACAAAGUAGUAUAUAUGCAUCGAUCGUACUUGUAACUACGUACGUACCAUGUAUUUAAUUUAGAGCAAAGUAUUUUGGAUUUUUAUGACUUCAA